GUCUUAACGCCGCAUAAUUCAACCAGCUCUCAUUUUUGGUGUUUUAGUUUAAAUACUUUCCAGUAAAUAAGGCAAGAUUUUGUAUGGUGUGAUUCGGACUUUUUGUAUCAACCUAGAGUCAUUUUUGUUCUUUUACCGGGAUAAUUUUGUCCUUUCAGACUCUUCUAAACGUAAGCCUCUUAUUUUCAAGAUCAGAAGUAGUAUUGUUACUUGGUUGACCCACAGUGUAAAAAACCAAAAAACCUUCAUGAACAUACUGAUAAAGGCCAAAACAGGGUUUUUUCUUUGGUCACAAACUAACUAUUCAGAUCCAAAGUAUCUAUUUUAGUCCUGAACACAUAUUAAUUAGGAAGAAAUUUGGUUAGACUGAAAUGUAUGGACGACCUUUGAGCUACGCUUAAGUGGCCUUAAGAAUAUCCACCUACACACUAGGACUGAAUGAGGGUUAUGAACUAAUGUAAGGAAUUGGAAUUAUGAUUUACAGUUGACGGUUAGGGUUAGCUGUCUACAAAUUCCUUUUCACACGUAUGCACCUUCUUAUGAAAGGUCUAGUCCUGUCCUCAUGUUUUUGAGCCUCGAUUGUUGUGCGCACAUAGUCCGUACGUACUUCUCGCCUACUGACAGCUACCAGAACAUACUUAAUUCAUUGAAAAGUACUUCAACUUAGCUGUAAAAGUCGUUACACAACACAUGAAUUACAAGAUACCUACGAAUUUUUCUAUGACUGCCUUAAGGAAUUCCUAACAAAAGCUAAAAGUAUAUUCGACUAAAAAUGGCGUCUCAUGUAGCAUUUGUUCUGUCUUUUGUUUUCUGUGUAGUUUGUUAAGCUUGCUUUCUGUAGUAAUUUUGUCUGACUUCUAUGAGUGAUGUAAAAUUUCUUGAACCUUUCUUUUCGUUUUUUGAUUGAAAUUGAUGUUAAGACGGUUUAAAGACAAGUUUUAUUGUAAGUUUGACUCUAAAUGGCUUCAGUGGUUUAGCUCAAACUGACUGGGCUGUGAUCCCUACUAUAACUUCAUUUAAUUUCAGGCGUUAAGAUCACGUUGGCUAAUUAACUGUUCUCUCUAAUAGAUCAACGCACCUGAUACGUGUAUCCUUUUACGUAUUCUUUUGUUAUUAAUUGAGAGUAACGAAUGAAAACAUUAUGAUUGGAUUGUUAUACUGGGGAUAAAAACGAUCGUUAUGCAUAAACAUUACAAAUAGUAGAAGCGUUUUACGAUGGUUAUUAGUCAGCUAAAAAAACAACUAGCUUCAGAUUAUGGUGGAUAAUGAAGGCAUAUUAAGUUGUGUUUGUUUAUAAAAUUUGGAAUACCAUUAUAAAAGCACAAUUUGUUCUGCCUUGUGACAAGACGGAUAAUUAAUAUUUCCAUAUCUUUUAAGUAUUGAAAAUUUUAGGCCUUUUUGAAGACACGUUGAUGCUUUUGUAGAACUUUUUUUAAGAUUAAUAAACUAAGUUGUAUUUUAUUCUGUCGGCUUUUUUUCUUGAUUACAUGUACUUGUUUGCAUUCCUUCCUCAAUUCACCCUGCUUAUAAUAAGACAAGAAAUUACCCAAUAGAUACCACACUAAACAGUUAUUUCCCUUGAACUUCUCAGGAUGUACUUCUACUUUUUGUCACCUUAAUAUCCAAAGUGGGCCAAAGGAUAUAACUAAAAUUCAACAUAUUAUAUUAUAUUUUAAUGUUCGACGUACAUGAAUGUGUUAAGUUGUUGAACCUUCUCUUUUUAGUUUCUUAGGUUUGUUUAUCUUAGUCGAAUUCACUUCAUAGGAAAUUCAUAGCCCCUUCGAAAUCUAUACUGUUACGUAAUGUCCUUUUAUGCAUGUAUCCAUGUACUACCUAAGAAUAUUUAUCUGCAAGCCCUUGACACUGAUUUCAGUCACAUUUAUAAGUUUGUAGUAUAAGGUGUUGUUAAUUACUUGACAUAAUUACCUGGCAACAAUAGGAAAAUUGUGCGCCUUCUAGUUCAUUUCAAUUCCUAAAUGUUAGUAGUUCGAAAAACUAUGUUGGCAGAUACUGAAGGUAGAAUAAGAUAAAUAUAAAUCCAAUUAUUUCUUUCUAUUAUUGAAAAUCAUGUUAAACCGAUAAGAAAAAUAUUGCGGAAGAAUGUACUACAUCAUCUAUUUCUGUUUUAGUGCGAUACCAGUAAGCAUUUGAUUGAUGUGUGCAAACAGAAACUUGAUAGACUCCAAUGGAUAAUUUUAAGGGCUGGUUUUGUAUAUCAAUAACAACCACAUAGUAGUGACAUGAGUGUUUCACGUUUCUCCUUAGCCUCUGAUUAACUAGCUGGAGUUUUGUAUGUCCAUAUGAAACUAUAGGCCAUGGUGAAAACUUCGAAAUUUUAGAAAGUGUUUUGCAAAUUUCUUUACAUGUGUUAACCAGAUGUCAUUCAGUCUAGUAAACUUGUUAGUUUUACAGGACUAUCUCUGGGUUUAAGUGGUUUUUGGGUUCUUUACAUUCCAGACAUGUCUAAUCAAUAUGAAAAAGAACCUUAAUUUAUUUAUUUGAGGAUAUAUUUGAUUAUCUCUUCUUAUUAAAAGACUUUGUUUAACGUUCAUCAAAAUUUUAACUGUGAUUAAGUCAUAAUUCCAUUUCAUUUAGAUAUAGAAGUAGGUUUUUGUCCUGUUUACUGGAUUUAUGACAUCUGUGAGGAAUAAUGUGAUGGACUACGAAAACACUCAAAAAAUUACUCAUACGUCGCCACCUAAGUAGACUGAGGUUUGAACUAUUAACUUCACAUUUUUCAGAGUAUACUACUCUAACUAAAUAGCUAGAUACGUUUAAAAGAACACUCAUAUAGUUUGCGGCCGCGUACACGAUAGGAUUUUUCAAGUAUGGGCUCAAUAAAUCUGUAGCGCUGCACCGAUCUCUUUCACAUAUCUCUAGAAAUCUGUGACUCAUGAGAUCAAAUGAUUCCCUACACUAACCUCAUUUUCCACUUAUAGUAUUUAUAGACGCUUCUUCGGGAGCUUUUCCUAACUGCUCUAUUCUACGCCAUGAGAUUUCUCCAAAAAUUAUCUUUUACAAAGGGGAACUAGCCAGUUAUGUCAUAGAUAAAUUUUCAAAGCUGAAACCUACAGUAGGAAAUAGCAUGUAAUUCCUUCUUAACUUCCAUCUAAAUAUUAUUUUAUAGUGGUCUGCUUCCAUCACUAACGAACGUAGUUUUAUGGUAAACCCUUCCGCUCAAAUAUUACAUUACGCGACACUCAUGUAUACUGUCAUUUCAAAAUCAUAUUAAUGUUUUGGUAUUCAUGGCUAUCUUGAAGUGGGGAAUGAUAAAAUAUGCAAAACCAUAUAACAGUACGUUUUGAAUUUACUUUCAUUAAAAUCCAAAACGAAACAGUUUUUCGUACUUACAAAGGAGGUUUCAUGUUGGCCAAACGAGUAUGUAGUAUCGCACCUUAAAGCCUUUGAUACUCUGUUUGAAAUAUCAGAUAAGUGACAUGAGUCAAAUUUUUAGCAAUGAGUGGAAUCCAUAAUCCGAAUAUAGUUUCUAUCUCUAUGUAGCAUCAGCUGAAAAACCUCUGAAAAGAAUUGUACCGUUAGAUAGUUUUGACUUCAUUUGGAGACCCCUUACAAUUUGCACUGAUGACUUCACAUGGGCUGAAACCCAUAACCUUCAGACAUUUGAUUGAAGAAUAUGCUUCUAGUCCACUUUCCUUAGCUUUGAUCACCUACUCCUCUGAGAUCAGUCAUUGAUGUGUUAAAACAAAUAGACUUUUAAAACCUUCAGUUGUAUAUAUUAUGAUCAUGUAAACAACAUAAAAUUAACCUGGAAAGUGAAAUAUUCUGUCCAGAACACUGCUUUAUUAAUAAGCCGACCAAAACUAUGUAGAACUGGACAAGUGUUUCUUUCAAGUUAAUAGAGUGGAGAGCUAUCUUUUUAUGUAACGAGAAAUUAAGACUAGUAACUGGUUAAUAUAAAUAUUGAAUCCGUAACGCAGUUUCUAAUAGAGAAUGUUUUAGAGCGUGAGGAUUUAAAUUAUUUUGUCAGAUUCUUGUUUUUUUUAUUAUCUUUAUUACGUCACUAAGGAUUACCAUAACUGCCUUGCUAUUAUGACCCCUUUACUUCCUUUCCACUAAUUAAGCAUCACUAGAAUGAAAUAACUUGAUAAUAAUGGGGUUAAUCUGCAAGAGAGCACCCAAUACGCUUCAUUAAUAGGUGUCGGUUAUCAGAACAUGAAGAUCUCAGAUUACUCAAUACUCGUCAUCAACCACCAGCUAUUGUAUUUAAUUGAGCAUGUCGCUCAAGCCUUCUGUUUGUAUUGUGCGUUCUAUAAUGAAUUUCGCUCGCUAAUAGAGAUUAGACUAGAUAAUCAACCACUCCACUCUAAAACUUAAGACUUACCGAAUAAUUUAGUGUAUGAUUUGGAUGUUCAAAGCCAGUAACACUAGAGCAUGGUGCGCAAACGGUUUACAUUUGAGUGGCUCGUCUGUAAAAUUUCUAAUGACAUUCAAAAGUUUUAUUCCCCUGUAAACAGUUCGCUAUGUAACUUCUGUAAUUGUUACUCAUUAACCUAAAGCACAUCUUACGUGACCGCCUUUCGGCCUUUUUAUUUGUAAUUCAAUCGAAAGCAUACAUAAUAUUCUGGUUUUUAAUGAAGAAAUUUCUGUAAACCUGAAUAUAAGAAGUUACGAACAGAAAGCGCAUCAAUAAAUGUUAUAAGUCAAUUAUCAUUUUAUCUGGUCAGACUAGUGGUUCUAGUGCAGAAACAUAAACGAAAUAAUAUUAACACAAUAUUGACUUAUCUGAUUCUUGAAGGUUCAUAUCUCACAAUAAGUGAUUUUAAAUAAACUGAGUUUCGUAGGCUUAGAAGAAUGGUCAUUUCUAUACAAUCUGCACCUUUGAUAGUUUGGAUAUUUAGACUUGUACUCAGUGGACUUUUUAACCGUGUUUUUCGCUAAGUCCACUUCAUCCGAUUUCAAGCGUACAAAAGAAAUUUUGCAGUGUAAAACGUAGAACUAGAUCAGAUUAUUUUCAUGGUCGAUACAGUUAUAUACUGAUGACUCCACCUCGAAAAUCAAACUUUUUUACGAUAUGAAUAUUUAACUAUCCAGUCAUGUAAAUAAUUAAAGCUGAAAUCAUUCUUGUGACUUGACUUCUGACGGAUGUCAUGAUGUUAUGGCAUUUUUCUAUACAUAAAUUGAGUGGAUAAAGUUCAGAAAGUAAUUUACGAGUUGUAUCUAAGUGGUAUUAUGUAUACUUUACGUUCUAAGGAAACAUUGAGAGGAUAUGAAGAGUCUCAUGUUAGCGUAUUUUGCUCUACGGUAGAAUGAAGGUUAUAUUAAUGAAUUUCCAAGCUUUUUAUAAGAAUUUAUCAGAUCUUACUAAUUCCAGUUAUGAUGUGACGUUUUUAAGUGUUGGAAAAUAAAACUAGACUGAUAAUCUUUUAUUCAGUGUAAACAAUAACUUCUUAUAUGACUUUAUAAAAGUAUCCUCAUGCAUGCUCGAAACUCAGUGAUCCGGUUACUCGAAACUUUGAAACUUUUUGAAGCGAGUACUUGUUUGAGUUUUUGUUACAACAACAGAUAUGAAUACUUCUCGAUAUUUAUUCUUAUUUAAAUGUUAUAAAAUAACCAAGGAUUACUUAUUCGCGGGAUUAUAGAAUGCUUUCCAAAUAUAAAAAUCGAUUGAAUAAUAAAAUAGGAUUCAGUAAAAUUAUAUGGCUAUUGAUAGGAGAAACGGAAAUUUCUUUGGAUAGUUGCUUCAUAAUUUGACGGAAAAGUAUUCCGACUUAAACGAUUCAACGAUAAAGCCAGUAGAAACACUGUGACUGAGUUAGUUGGCUUUUAUUAUUUGGAACAUAAUUUCUACUUUGUUAUUCGUGUAAAUCAAAAUAAAGAUAAAUUUGUUAGCUUGAGUGAGUUAGCUCAAUAUGUAAGUUAUAUGUACCCUCAAUCCCUUCUACUUUUCCCACUGUUUAUAAGAAUAAGCUCUUGUGUUGUAGGAAGCAGUUGUAAAUUCAAGGAAAACAUACAGUUAUAUUUGUUCAAAGGCUACAGGAAGUAGGAUUAUAAGUAUAGGAGGUUUGCCUAAGUGAUUCAAUUUAUAGUUUACAUCACAGAUUGAUUUUUACUAAAUAACCGCCGAAAACUAAAAGACACUGAAGAACUGUCUCGUCCUUCGGAUUGUCUAAAGCUAAGAUUGCAAACCGUUGAAUGCCGACUCAGUUGUCUAGAUGUUAGGCCAUUUCUGCGAGCCUUGAAGGUCUCAUGUUCGACUUUUGGUGGAUGCAGGAGCACACUGCUGAGAUGUUUCAUACUAGGGAGGGACAAUUGUCUGGUCUUUGCUGGUUUUCAUUGGUUAUUUAGCUAAAGUCGGUUCGCCAUGUAAACCAUAAAUAAGGUCAUCUAUAUUUACAAUAUUAUUAAACAGAAACAUUAAUUUCCACGGAUGCUAGGAAUGUCGAAUGGUGAACAAUCAUCAUUAGUAAUAAAUAUGCUAAGUGUAUAGAGAUAAUAUUCCCAAAAAGUAGCAGUAAGGAUAUUAAAUGAGACGUUAAGUGACUAAUUCUCAUUUACUUUUUGGGGAUUAAGGAGUAAUGCUUUAAAUGCCCACUGCACCGAAGAGGAAUAUUUACUGAUUUCUCGAAAAAAAUGUUUACUAAUAUCUUGUAGGGUGAUUGGAUACCAUCGAAGCAAAAAUGAUAAGACUAAGUCGUAUGCUUCUAGACGUUCUAUGACGAAGUUGGUCGAUAAUACAUAAAACUUUACGACUUAGUUCAUAUUCGAAAUAAGGUCUCAGAGUGCUGAGUUUAAUGAUAUCAGUCCUCAGCUAUCCAAACCUAUGGAUCUGUAAUCACGUUUUACAGCCUGUUGUUUAAAGCUUGACAUGUUUAAUGUUCUCACUUAAUUAGGAACUCAAUAUCAGCAAUGGUUGUUAUCGUAUUUAUUAAUAACCGAUAAAUUGAAACUAAAGAAUCACUAUACCUUUUUAGUAACUGUUCUUUGAAUGAAGUUGCGGCAAGUUGAUCUCUGCACUUGUUUACAAUACUAUACUACGUGAUAUAUAAUUAUUUAUAUCAAGCUGCAUUCAUCAUAAAGUACAAUUAUCUUCUAAUUCUUAAUUUGUUGCAACAAGAUCUUCAAAGUCAAGAAAUCCUUUUUAAUGUACAUCUUGUCUGAGAAAACACCAUAUAUCCAUAGAUAAGAGUAUAGCUACAUACAAAACUUUUAGUUAGCAUAACUAAAUAUACCUGAUAUGUAGUAUUGUAAGUAAAAAUUGGUUGAUUUUUCUUUUUGCAAGUUAUAGGUUUCUGUUAUGAGAAUAUAGAUUGAAUGGCUUUAGUAUCGUGCAUGUAAACAUUCGUGUCACUUUUGUUAUUUAAACACUAUCUCUUGUGUGCAAUUUUAAUUAAUUUUACACCACUAUAAUCAGCUGAUAAUGUUCUUGGUUUAAAACGAACACUUUCCAGAACAAAAAUGAUCUGUUUAAAAUUUCUCAGUAAGUAGAAAAACAAAUUUUUAAGAUUUUGCCUCCUUUUAUACACUAUCACUGUUUUUUGUGUAAUAGUUGGUUAUGAUUACCUAACACCUUUUUAUAAUUUGCUCAUCACCAUCAAUAUAUUCACAUUUAUUGGUUUACUUAACACUUCGUCUUGUUUAAACCAUCUCAUUUCUGGUUUGGGAUUCAAGAUUAGUGCUGCGAUCUUCUGGUAUUUUCUUCUCCUAAGACAAUGAGCUAUUCAGCUUUCCACGUACCAUAAGGUAUACUCAGUCUUUUCAUCAAGUUGUAUAUGCAUUCUACAAAAAAGCGAACCGUUAGAAAUAAGCAUGUGUUGCAUAAAUGUAAUCAAGUUUGUUUUCAGUCCAUUUUUUUCAAAAUGUUUAUAAAAAACAACCUCUAAUGGUAAGUAAUUGAAUGUUUAUAUAUGGCGUGCAAAAUAUAUUCAAUAUAACUAUGUGUGUACAUUUUUUAGUUAGUAACAUUUAUAUUAUCUCCAACAAAUCAUACCAGUCAGUUCUUAUUAAAUAAAAAGUGAUUUUUAAGACCUGACCUCAGAUAUCACUUACAACUAGUAAUAAAACUUAAAAAGCUUUGAUUAAUAGUUUAGACGUAUUUAUUAAAUUCAAAGUUGACUACCGUAUAUCACUAUUUUUAUUGAUUAAGCAACACCAACAUAGGUAUCCUACUUGAAUAUUGCACAAGGAUUCUGCUCCAUAAACUGUCGAAGUGUAUUAGCGAUUUCUUUUGUAACUGUAUCAUCAACAGAUAAUUCACACUGUCAAUGAUUUCAUUAUUUAGGCAAUUACUGGAUAAUAUUGAACAAGUGAGGUCUCAUUAUUGAUCUAGAAUGCUUCUAAAUCAUUCAAAUGUAAAAACAAAUUGAAGAAUUUGGUUAAAGUCAAUUGUGGACCAUUUUAGAUGAGGUAAAGAUAAAUAGAACUGUUGAAUUUCCUAAAUUUUUUCCUCACUGCUGUAACGACCUUCGACAAAAUGACCUUCGGAUGAGUAGUUUGUGAAGACUUGCUUUGUUUGAAGAUAGUUUUUAAAUGGUUACCAGCUGAGGAACUGUUAUAAAGCAUGAGGGGUUGGAUCGCUGUUUAGUUCUAGUUCUAGAUUGUACAACAAUAUACAUAUUCCGUACCAGUAAUCGAUCUCUGGAUACUCAGAUUUCAAAGCUAGCACGAAAAUAUUUGACUGUUAAUUUUGAAUACUUUGAAUGCUACUCUCAGCUUCUAUCUAUUUGUGAUGUUGCCCUAUCUUUAUCUAGUGCCACUGAUGAUAUUUACCUCACAGUUGAGACAAUUGAAUUAUACUGGUCUCAGCUUUUUUACGAUUUUUGAAGAUCUAUCUGUAAGUUGGUUACUAAUGAUUUUUCUAAAACUGCUAACAAUUUUAUGGUUUAUCAUCCUUAUUGCUUAGAUAAGCGGCUUGGAAGUUCAGCUUUUCAAUAAUGUCUAAUUUGACUCCGAUUUAUUAUGAAAACUAACUUCUAUAUAUUUAGGAUGCUAAUCGAUCACAUAUUUGAACAUACGUAUAUAGUUAGACAAGACUACUCGAUCGAUUUUCAUGGACAACAUUAUCUUAAUUUUCGGAGAAUAAUUCCUGUUGAAAAUUUACUUCGGUGUCUUUCUUAUCUGUAACAUUAUUGAAUGCAUACUCUUGUGUGGAAAUCGACCCAAGGAUCUUUAUGUUUUGUAGCCAGUAUUUUAUUAUGUGCUCACUGGUGAUUAGCUUUGAGAAGGAUUACCUGAAGUUCUAAUGAAAACCUGUAGCCUGUCGAGUCAGUCAUGUCAGUAUUAAGGCAGUCACUUACCGAUAAGAUUGGAUAAGGAUCGCUGGUUGAGUAUAUCUGAGCAUACGGACCACUGAAGUUCAAAUCAAUGGCUCUAAACUAUAGUGCUUUCCAUAAGGUUUGAUGGUUCUAGUUUCAAUAAGCACUGCAAGACAGUCUUAAACUUACAUCAUUCUGUGAUAAAAAAUUUCCUCAACAGAAUAUAAAACAUUUCCACAUGACUAUCACACUAAAUAAACUUCGUUUGUUCAUUAUUAGUGUCUGAUAUAUUAUACGUGUUUGUCCAUCUAUUAGAUUGUUAACAGUAAGUUUGAGUCCAGAAAAGAAUAUAUACGUUAUACGAUAUUUCACACUUGAUUCUAAAGAUUUCUUUUCCAACAACCCAAACAAUAUGGACAUUAUUUACUCAUAUUUUCUGUUGUUCUGUCAAUGAGUAUUUCUCACUAAAUUAAUGGCGUGUUACUGUUUUUAAGCACAUUUUCAAUUCUUUCAUAUUAGAAAAUUACUUAGUAGAGUAUGUGUAAUAAUAUAAAUUAGUUUGUGUGUGUCUAUAUGUACCACACAUAGUAAUCUCUUCAUUCAAUCAGUCAAUAUUCGUAUAUUAAUAGGUCUUUACUUUUUAAUAAACGUAUUGUGUGUGAACACAAUUUGUUACAAUACUAAUAAAGUCUUUGGCGUGUGCCUAAGAUUAUUAAUUGUUUGCCAGUAUUGUCAAUAUGGUAAUAGACUCGAAACAUUUUUUUUCUUAAAUCAUACCAAAAGUUUAACAGAUCAGUUUAAACAAGCAAUAGAUUUAAGCAUUAAAUUAUCUAUAUUUUUAGAAAUUCAUCUUUUAGAAACUUUAUUGAAUGUAAAGCACAUUUUGAAGGAUAAUAUUUGUAUGUAUCUUAGAUUGUAGUUCUUCAUAAGAGCAAAGAACUAUUUUUAGCACUAGAAAGGGUUGAUAUUAAGUAUUGAAGAAAUAAUAGGGUGUAACAAAGGAAAUGUAACGUGAACGAGGUAAUCUUGAGUGAAGUUGGAGGUAUGUUGGUGGCUGUUGCUUCUCGUUCAGCCACACUAUUAAAGGAUACUCCUGCUUGAAUUACCUAAAAAGAAAAUUGUGUUAGGAGUACUAGUCUUAACCACCUAGAAGUUUGAACUCCAGGCCGAAGGGACACCUGUCACUCAGCCUUUUAUCUAGUAGUUCUUGAUAUGCUGAGUUUGUACUUCAAAGGCCUCACCUCCGGCGGCGGAAUUCCGUGGGCCAGGGUGAGAUUUGAUAUUUUGAGAAGGCGACAUCAAUACAGAUACCAUUUAUCCUAUUGAAGUACCUUUGUGACGUUACAGCCCCAUGACAGCCAGCAGUACGAAUUCCCCUCCAUACAUUAAGUUGCUGCUUUUAGUCCUAUCACUCUCCAACUGAUCUGCCUGGUUCGAUAGAACCUAAAUCAACAAGUGUCCCUGCCAAUAUAGCUCAAAUAGACCACCACGAGAAGCGACCUUGACCUCCGUGCUAAAGUAGCAACUGUACUCCGGAUCGCAGUGGAAGAUGUUUCUGUUGAACUAUCUUGACUGAAAUUAACUUCCAACUUAAAUGAAUUUUUAGUAACCACCUAAUUCAUCCAAAUUUCGGCUGUGGUUCAAGUUUAAUUUAUCAUACAAGCGUAUGUUUUGCUUGCUCACACCAUACUAGAAAUUCGUAUAUGAAUUACCAUGUUUAACCAAUUGGUCAUUUUUUAAUGAAAUUGUUGCACCAUAGGUUCAUGAUUACUUUGAAGUCUGUUCACUGGUUGUACCAUUGUAGCUUUAGUUUGUAGUGUGGCGUCGAGUCGCAAUCGACUAUGAUCACCACUACAGGAAAGUUGCGUGCCAAAAUAUCAGAAGGCAAUUGAAGGUUGUAGAGAUAUAUGUUUGUUGGUGAUCUCGUAGUAUCGAAAGAAUACCGAGAUCGUACCAAAGGAGUACAAGCGAAUUUACUGAGCAAACGUAAGUUCGUGCAAGGUCACAAUCAACGGAAGAAAGAAUGGAAGAAUAAUGGAUGUCUUUAGUACAGUUAAAAAAAACAGGCACAGUAAAACAAUCACUGGUACAAUUGGUUAUAAUAAUAAUUGUUUCCAUUAAACCAAUCGCGUUCUCUUGAUAUAAGUAGGUCACAACAAGUUCAUUGUCGAUCUUGAAAAAGAUUUCUUCCACUUAAUAAUUCUCUAAAUUUAUGGAUUUUAAAAGUUUAUCCUUUAUCAUAAGAUGAUUUUUAUUUGUUUGAAUAUUCUGCACAAGUCAGUUCACUUGGAAGACAGUCUUCACCACGUAAUUCCAUCACUUUUAAGAUCCGUGUAAAUUAAAUAGUAUAAAACCAACCACUUAUUUUUAGCCUAUGACUCAGUAGUACGUAGCUACAAUUUUAGGACUUGGGAUUAAACGAUUUAUCUUUAUAUCAUACAAUUUUUCCUACUGAUAAAUUUGAGUAAAGCAAAAAUCACGAACACAGUAGAAUAACAUGAAUGCAGCUUAUUUUGUGUUUUCUAUUCAGCUGCUUAUAACCUAGAAUUAAUUAUACAAAUUAUUUGCAAAGCAAAAUACUGUACAUAGUUUAUAUUAUAAUAGUAUCAGAAAUGUCUCUAUCGAUGAGAAUCAAUAAGACUGCUAUAAACUAUAAAACAAUUAGAAGAGUUAUUAGAGUAGUUAAGUCUUGAAGAAUGCUAUUAAUUCUAAGCUGUGAGUGGUUAAAGUGAAGCCACAAAAUAAACUGAGUUCAUGUUAUUCUGAUAUGUUUGUUGUUUUUUGAUAUAUUACAAUAAUCACGCGAUUCAGUCUAUGAGUAACUGUUCCAUACUUAUCAUAAGUAAUCUCUUCUAGUCAUGACUUUUCACUAAAAUUUUGUGUGGUUAAGUGGUUUAAGAAAUUUAUUUCUAUUUGAAAAUACCACUGUUUUCAAUAAUUCUUCGUCUACAACCAGUUUACAACAAAAAUCAACUUCACAAAUUGUUUUUUUUGGAAGGGGGGAAUUUUAAAAAACUCACAGUUUAUAUUAUCUCACCGACAUUGAAUAAAGAAUAACCAAGAAGCUUGUAAGUAUUAAAUAAGUCCCAAUCUAAUACUCAUAAUUUCUGCAUAUUAUCUCUCUUAUUUACUAAUUACAAUUUCAAGUGUCACUUUAUAACCACAUUAUAGUUGUGUGUUGUUCCUUCGAACUCUGUUAAUCCAUCAUGCUUGAUGCUCCAAAACCAAUUGAAAUGAACUAUUCAAUUUUCAUUACUGUUAUUUUUGAUGUACUAAUCAACAGCUCAAAUGUUCAAGAAGUUGCCUCUUAAUUGAAAUGAGUGUAUUUGAACGUCUUCAACAAAGAUUGGCCAAGUGUUCCACAUCUUCUCGCGGUCAAGAAACUGCACAGAUUUAUCAUAAAAAUAAGUCAACUUCAGAACAAGCUAUUUUUUUGGAUGGUGUAGUUACAACAACUGAUGAUCGUUCAACAACAAAUACUCUUCCAUUAUGCCAUAAUCAUUCACAAACUUGGAGUGUUGAAUCUCGUAUGGCUUCCAAGAUAGCUAAUAGCUAUUCAAACCCAUCUCUGCACACAGUUGGAACAGUUAAUUCCAAAGGUGAGGCAACUCCGGAUACGGAAAUUGAUGUGCCAAAGUCAAAUUUUAGUCACAGUCAAGAUCAUUUGAAUACACCCAGUAAUAGUUCAUAUCAACGUCAACCACAACAACCUAGAAGAAAACGAGCAAAAACCCCGGUUAGUUCUUUCUAUCGUGUUAGCAGUGAUGAUGAUUGUGAUACAUGCGAUGAAGAUGAAGAAGACGAUGUUGACAAUAAUAAUAAUAAUAAUAAUAAUAAUAAUAAUAAUAAUAAUAAUAAUAAUGAAGAAUACCUGGAUCAGUGUGAUGAUUUAAUUAUCAAACAAUCUGCUGCAUUUGAACGUAGAUCACAACGUCUACGUCGUAGUAUUGACCGGGCUAAAGCAGCUUUACCUGCUGAUUUUGCUGAUCGUAUUGAGAUCUCAGAUUCACUUGGUGAUUUACCUAAUCAAGAAUCGUCUAGUGGGGCACAACUUCAAAAACAUCAUCGGAGUGUUAGCAAUCUUGGUGUAGAUUUAACUGAUCAAUUAAGCAAUCGUGAUUCAGAUUCUGAAGAAAAUGUAAAUAAUAGUAAUAAUGUAAACGGACACUAUGAGUCUCAAGAAACCUCAAACUCAAAUGAAAAUCGUACGAAAUCAAUUAUAAAAGAAGAUAAAUAUUCAGAAGUUAGUGAUGCAUUCAAAAUGAAAUCAACUGAUUUGGUAAUACCAAAUGAGUGGAUGUACUUGGAUCCCAGUGUUGAUGUUCACAAUAUGUAUGGCUACAAAUCUACGAAUAUUCGUGUAUUUAUAAAGUUAUGUUUGCAAAUAAACUAUUGAUAGCUACGUUAGCCACUCAUUGAGUAGAACCAAUAUCAUAUUGUAUAGUCCAUCGCAUGAUUUUUGAUUAAGGUGGAUUGAUGUACACAAUGGGAAACUAUGGAUCUAAGUUUCAUACUAGUUAGUGCUUACCAACAGUAAGUAUUUUCAAUAUUGAGGAAACUGAUGCCUCCUAUGUAGUUUGAUGUUCAGAGCUUUCUUGUCACAUCAAGUCUUGAUAAUUACAUAAAAAGCAGGUUUAAAGAUGACUGAUGGAUCUCUGCUUGCAACUAUUAUUGUUCAUGAAAUGUGAAUGCGAAUUUAUUCACUUAAUAUUGACAGUAUAAAAAGGGGAAAAUGCCAAUACAACAACUAAUACUACUAUUACUACACCUAAUGAUCAUUUUGAAAAGUCUGAAGCAUCAACCGAUCCUAGCUUACAAACUGGAAUUUACUGGCAUCCAGGUCCACCUCAGCCGUUGUCUGAAUUGAUGUACGAGUUUCGUUUAGGUAGUCCAGGAACAACUUAUUUGAUCAAAGCUAUUUGCAAACGUUCAGGAUGUCAUUGCGCCUUAAGAAAUUAUGACAGUCUCAUGUUAUAUCCAGUGCCGGAUUCAACACUGGCUUCUGCAACUUGGGAAUUAUGGACAGCUAAAGACAAGAAUCCGCGUUUUCCUACCUCUUCCUGUGAAGUUCAAUCAAAAUUAAUUCUUUUUCGACAAUGUCGAGGAUGGUAUGAAGUUUUGAAUGAGAAUCACCAGCCAACUCCUCAUAUAACAACACUUGAACAGGUAAGGCGCACCAGAGCUUCGACUUUCAUUGUUCGACAAGACAUGCGUUGCUUAGUAGCACCUCCAAAUUUGGUCAUACCUUCUUCAGAUGAAAGAAGAGAAUUAAAUGAUGAUACUUCACCAUAUUCAAUACCAUCAAGUCUGGUCACAUUGGCAUGUUCACCAGAAACAUUGGCUAGUUCAAAACCGGAUUUUGUUCGUGCUGGAACACUUCUACGGUUUAUCGCUUAUCUACCUCAAUGCUCAGUUAAACGUGGAAAAAAAACCAAGGAUUUAGGCCUUAUACUAGCAGUUGAACGAUCCAGUUGUUCGAAACAAUCAUCCAUUCAUUCCGAUCUACUCCCGGUUAGACCUCUUUCACGUACUAUCUACCUUGGCGUAGAAGAUUCUACACCUGCAGUAUUUCCUCCUAAACUCUCCUUAAGUGUUAUCGCUGGACCAGAAAAUAUUUCUGGAGUUCAUUUGUUAUCUGGUCUACUUCGUAAAUUCCGCUUACCUUUGUCAGUUAGACCCAUACCUGUACCAGACUCUUAUAACUAUACAACCAAUACAUCAUCUAUGAGACGUCCAUCACUUAUGAAUAGUAAUCCCAAAGUAACUUGUGGUCUAGUUGCUGUUCAACCACUUUCAUUCACUGAAAAACAUUUUUUAAGAUUACACUCUUUAUAUAGAGGUGAUAUUUUAAUUAUUGCUCCAGUGUCUUCACCAGAACGUUUAUUUUUGAUUACACCAUCAAUGUUACGUGAUCAUUCAUUUCAAACUGGUUAUACUCAUGAUCCAACUUAUGCUCUUUCCAUGGAAAAUCAUCGUAUACAAGCAUGCAAUUUUCUAGCUAUUGCUCAUGCUCAAGAAACACUCAAUUAUUUAGUUCGACAUAUGCAAGAUAUAACACGCGAGCCUCGUGAUUCUUAUACAUCCCGUCAACAAGCGAAACAACGAAGUGAUUUGAUGCCAACUCCAGAAUCUUAUAUGACACAAGAAGAAAUUUACAAAACAUACGAUGAAAUUGAUGAUAUCUACUUUUAUAUUCGCCAUGGUUAUUAUCCAUCAAAAAUACGUAAGCCAGAUGAUCUGAACAAUAAAACAGAGUCUAUAUCUAAUACUAAGUUAAAAUCUCAUAAAUAUUCCACUAAUUCAUCACACACAUCAGAUGAUAUGCCUGGAAAGAUGAAUUGUCAAAAAGAUGGUGGAUUAUCCCGUUCGAAUAUGGCAACAGCUGAAGACUUACUUGCUGCUUCACUGUAUACACCUUCACAUCAUGACUCAACGAUACCACUGCAACAACCUAUUAGUCUAACUAGAUCAUCAAACAAUAAUAAAAUUGUUAGUUCAAAUCAACAUAAUAUCAAUAACAUGAUUAAUGCUACGUUGGCCACUUUAGCCAGUUCAACAUAUCGUGUACAGCCAAAAGAAUAUGGAAUAUAAUAAGGUAUCAUUUAAUAGUUGGGAGACAGUAAAGAACUUGAAAUUCUCUCUGUUCCUUUCAGCAGAAAUAAUUUUUCUUAUAACCUUUUUCUGACUUUAUUCUGUGUAAUCACUUAUGUAUUCGUUCGCUGAAAAGUGUAAACAAACAAAUAAUCGCAUUAUCUUAUCUAAUCAAUGUCUCUUCAUAUUUGAAAUUUAUAACUGUUACUAUGAUAUCUAUAAAAAGUUCUAAGGACUAAAAUAAACAUUCCACCCAUCUGUUCAUCCAACCAACUAUCCUUCCUUCUUUUCUUUGCUUCAUGAUAUAAACGGUAUUUAUAUUCCUUUUUACAAACACCAAUUUUUGGCUGUUGUAUUUGGAAACUUUUGCCUAUAAGUUGCUUUUUUUUCUUGCAUUAACUAUUCCUAUCACCGCCAUAUGAACAAUCUUUUUCAAACGUUAUGAAUCUAAUCUAUCCAAAUUCUCUUUCAAAUAUAUAUAUGUAUGGAGACCGAGAGAGAGUGUGGUCCGUUUUUGCCUAAAUCAAUGUUUUUAAUUAUUUUUCAUUAGUCUUGAGGAAUUUACACGACUAUUGAAUUCUAUAUGACACUAGUUUUAUCAUGUUAUGUAUGGUUGCAGUUGUUUUCAAAAUAAACAAGCAAAAAAACCACUAGCAUUCAAAGUUCUUAACCAAUUUAUUUCAAUGAUAAAAAUUCCUUUUUGUGUUUUAAUGAUCUGUAUUGGAACAAUUCAUAUCUGUAAUUAAUAAAUAAACUUAGUUUAUCUAUUGUCAUGAUUGUUCAAUGAGAAAAGGAUUCCAUGUAUCAUCAUAAAAUUCCCUUUAAAUUUUGUAUAUAAAAUAAUAGUGUUUUUUUUAAAUAUAAAUUUAACUUAUCUGUCCAUAUAUUUUAUGUUUUAUCCUCAGUGAAUGACAAUUGUGUGUUUAAGUCACUUGUCUAAAUUGUCAUUCCUUCUUCUUCUUACGUUUUAUCCUGUCAUAUUUGUUCCGUAUUGUUUUGCUUUUUUGAAACUCUACUACUUUUUUUAAAAAAUCAGAAUGUUUAUUUUACUACUUUCCCUUUGUCUAAUCUUCAUUUCAUCUUGCAACAUUGUUUUGUGGUGAUUUUGAUCAUUUAACUGGUUUUGUUUUCCCUCUUUUUAUGUAUUUGACUUCGUAUUCAAUAUUUCCAGUGUAGAAAAUACACGUGAUUAGAUUCAAAGUAAUUAUGGUUAGUCAAUCAAUGAUUAUUGUCCACUCCAUCAUCUUCGUUUAUUCCUAACUUUCACUGCUAUUUCUUUCGUUGUUCACUAUAUAUCUUCUUUUCUUCCUAAUAAUAUAUUUCUUAGGGAGUGCGUUCUCUAUACGUGUGACUGGUGAUUGAUAAGUGUAUUUCUGAGUGACGAUAGUUUCUUUCUCUCUUUGUACUUCGUACUUUUCUGUAUAAGAUAGGCAAUUUUAUCUUAAUAUUUGUGUAAUUAAUCUCUUCGGAUACCGUUGUUUAUUUUGCUUAUAUUCACAUUGUUUUUCGAAUUACAUUAUUUGUCUUUU